AUGAGAAAUACAAAAAAGGUUUCUAUGUGGCCUGUUGCAUUAGUUGGAGGAUUGAAUUGGGAAGGUCCUGUAUGUAAAAAUGGAAAAGUUGUAAGUUUUUACACUGCUUGGGAACCUAACAGAAUGUUUCCAGUUGAUAUGGCAGCAUUUGCUAUAAAUCUUCAUGUAAUAUUGGAGAAUAACAAUGUUUACAUUAAUCCAGAAGUGAAAAGAGGUUAUUUAGAAACAGACUUUCUUGAAAGACUUGGAAUAACUAAAGAUGAAAUUGAAGCUAAAGCUGAGGAUUGUCAAAAGGUUUUAUAUUAA